AUGUCUCAUAUGAUUCUCUGGGAACAGACAACAGACAAGGAAGUGGAAGUGAAACUCAAAAAUUUAAACUAUGUCUACGCCGAGUUCUCAGAAGGUAUCUUCACAGCAAAGGUUGGCCAGACUAUCCUUCUACCAUGUUCCUAUGAUGUUAAGCCAAGAAACAAACCUGUGCCUAUAUGCUGGGGUAGAGGGAUCUGUCCUCUGCGCCAGUGUGGCGAAGUAGUUCUCAGAACUGAUGGAUGGAAAGUGACAUAUAAGAAGGAAGAGAGAUACCAGUUAAAAGGUGAUCGCCACCAAGGGAAUGUGUCUCUCACAAUUGAGAAUGUGGGAGAAGCAGACCGUGGGCCAUAUUGCUGUAGGAUAGAAUUUACAGGUCUAUUUAAUGACCAAAAAACAUCCUUGGACUUAGUGGUCAAACCAGUGGAGACAACCACCUUCAGACUUCAGACACAACAGACUUCAAGAAAUGCCCAGUCUAACACCCCAAUGAUACAGCAUUGUGCCUUGUAG